AUGGCGCCUCCGGGGCAAGACCCAUCGUCUCUUGCUAUUGAAACGCGACCCACGCAAUCCCCAUACCUGGGAACUUUAUGGGGCCUGGUUUUUGGCAAUCAAAACUAUGUCUGGAUUCAUGUUGGCAAGGUGAACAAACACCCUGAGUUCGCAGCCAAGUUCGAGAGCGGUCAUCUUUUUGUCAACAACAUCCCAUCGGCUGCAGCCCACAUAGUCGUGAGCUACAUAUACACAGGCCGCUAUUCAGGCCUCAAAGCGCCCGGGAACGAACCGAACGACCAGAUGAAACAUGACUUCAAGAUGCCGGUUCACGUCUGCGACAUUGCUCACCAAGUGAGCCUCACAGAACUGGAGGACAUGGCCAAUCAGGAGCUCAUGGCUUUGACACCAAAUAUCCCUUUCGGCAUUGUCAUUGAUCUUCUCGACAGCUCAGAAUUUCACCGGACAACCGUCCGAGGCUGGCUUCGAGACUACAUGGGACAGAAGCUCCUGCAAGCCGGCAGAAACUCGACCGAGGAGUUCGCCAGAAGCAUCUCGGAGAGCAUGCAGAAGAAUCAGCCGGUCACGGCCAUUUUGUGCCAGGCGAUCGCUCAGAUGGGGCUUGAAAACAAGCGUCUCCGACGUCCAUCAUGUACAAGUAGCUCGAUCAAGGCGAGUGACAGUGAAUCACAGUCGCAACAAGCUGGCUACAAACGGACGUCGCUCAGCAACCCACGACCUUUACCUUUCUUCACUCCUCACCACUCAUCCACAGGCACUGAACGUACACCAAGUUUUUUUGCACACGCUUUUGGAAUGAACUUUUGGAGGGUUCCUUGGUUCACCUACUCUCCUCGCUAUCCUCUACCAUCCAACUCGACAAUGUCCAACACUGUCGCGACUGUCCCGACUGUCGACCAAGGCACGCUGUCACCUUACCUGGGAACCGUGUCGGCGCUUAUCUUCAAUGGUAAUCAUGUCUUUGUCCACGGUCGCCUGAUUAGAAAGCACCCGAACUUUGCGGCCAGAUUUGAACACUGCCAGCUUCACAUGAAGCCUGUUCCCCAAGGAGCCGCCCACAUUCUGGUUCAUUACUUGUAUACCGAGCGCUACGAGGGCCUCAAGGCGAUGGGCAACGGAGAGCUCGACAAGACCAAGUACCACUUCCGCAUGGCCGUCCAUGUCUACGACCUCGCCAGAGAGUAUGACCUCUACCACCUCGAAGACCUCGCGACUGACGAGCUCGUGGUCCUCACUCCCAUGCUGCAGCUUGGCACUCUCAUCGCCGUCCUGGACCAGGAGGAGUUUACUCACACCAAGAUCGCUGGCUGGCUUCGCGAUUACAUUUCCCAUGAGGUCAUGACGGCUAGCAAGGCUUCGACCCCAAGCAUCAUCCGGGGCAUGCAGGAUGACAUGAAGAACAACAGGCCCAUCACGGGCAUCGUCUGUGAGGCGAUGGCCAGAAUGGGGAUGGAGAACCAGCGCCUUCGCCGCGCUCUUAAGGAGAAGAAGUGUCGUUGGUCGUUCGUUGGUCGUUCGUUGGAGGCUCGAGUUUGGGAUCCAGGUUGUAACAUUCCAGGUGGCGCUCAAGAUGUCAGUCGCAAGGUAUUGAACAAGGUUGCUAUCAUGCUUCGGUACUUUGUUUUUGCGGUCGCUUGCUUUAGAGUUGGAACAAGAUCAUCGCCAGACAAAGACAAGCCGCAGAAGCAUCCCGCGCCCGAGAACUCUCCUCAUCCCGGACCCCCGACACGUCGCAAGAUGAAGACUGAGCUUGGGAGCGACGAGGGACCCGGAGAGGCCUCUCAGAUGCCCGUCCAACAGGAUACUGAUAUCCAAUUCGAGUCGCUGUACGUGGAAUAUACGUACAUAAUCGAGUUUGAAGACGGUCUGGGAGUCAGAGUCCCAAUCGGCGUCAUCGAAAGGUACCCAACAUUUGCCUCGCACUUUGUUGGCCAUUACCUCGACAUCUCCGAGUUGGACGAGGCCGCGGCCCGCGUUCUCGUCCACUACCUCUACACAGGGGAAUACCAGGUCCCGGAACCCGAAGCAGAGUCCCCCGACGAGAAGCGCUACAAGGUCUUUGCUCUUAACCUCGCGGUACACUUUGCCGGCGUCGCGUACGACCUCGAGCACCUUGCCGUCCUCGCCUCCAUCGAACUCACCAAGCUGGGCGAGGACCUGACCUUUAUCGAGAUCCUUGAUAUCAUGGAACAAGAAGAUUAUGAGAUAGGGGAAGACGAGGUCUGGUUUGCCCGGUACAUGGCGGAUCGUGCUCAGAGGUGGGAGACUGUUACUGAAGCUCAAGUGCAGUCUUUUCGGGCUCGUAUUGGAGAGAAGCGAACUCUUGUCAACAUUCUAAUUGAGAGUGUUCUCAAUUUGAAGCUCGAGGUCCAGCGUCAGAAGGCUUUGCUAGAGGAUGGGUGGUCAUUGAGUUGGGUACCAGUGGCUAAUGCGGGUCUCGGACUCGAUGACACUGGCUUGCCGAUUGCUUCCUCUAUUACAUAUCGGAGGCUGAGGCUGGACUAA